AUUACGAUAGAGCUGAGGUCGAAUAAAGCUUACUGCGGAGAAGCCUCCUUGAUCCUUCUCUGUUUAAUACUCCGUAUUCUCCGAUCUUCUUCUUCGCCGCAUUAUUUUCCUGCUACCGUCUUCGCAUCCGAUUCUUUUAUUACUGUAAUUUAUAAUUUAUUAAUCCGAUCUGUGUCGAAUAAGUACAUCAAAAACAAAAAACAAAAAAAACUGACUUCAAAACCCUAGCUUGUAGCUUCCCCACAUCCCCACAGAAAUCCAAACAAUGGCCGGCGGUACCCAUCCCAAGUCCGCCUCAUCCCACAACCCUUCUCCCUCCUCCUCCUCCUCCCUCCGCAAAUCCCGCUGGGAAUCCGAUCACAAACCCUCCGACAAGAAACCCUCCUCCUCCUCCUCUGCCGCUGCCGCCGCCAAACCACCGACCCCAAAACCCACCUCCAAUCCCAAAGAAAACCCAAAACCCAUCCCCACUCCGCCAACUGACCCGAAUCCUCAUCCAGGUUUCGCCCCGAUUAAUCCUCCGCCGCCAUCUUACGGGUUCCACAUGCUGGAACGGAGGACGAUUGCCCUCGCCGAUGGCAGCGUGAGGUCGUACUUCGCGCUGCCGCCGGACUAUGAGAAUUUUGCACCGCCACCGUCCAGGCCGAUGUUGCCGGCUCAAGGAGGAUUAGGGUUUGGUGGCAGGGGGUUCCCUCUGUUGGGUCCCAUGAGCCCCGAGUUUCGGGACCGUGAGGAUCUGUUUGCGCGCGAUCGGAACGAGGGAUAUUUGAAUUUGUUGAAGAGGAAGGGAGGUGCGGGUGAGGAUGAGAGAGGAGGGGGGAGGGACGGGAGUAAUGAUGAAUUCAUGAGGCAAAGGCAGCAUCUUUUGCAGUAUGGGAAUGCGGGUUCGAUGAAUCCGGAUAGGUUUCCGGUUGGUUUGAAUGAGAGGGGUGAGUUUGUGGCGGGUCCGAGUAAUAACCCGGACGGUGGAAGAGGAGAGGAGUUUAGGGCGGCGAAGUAUAUGAGAGCUGGUGGAGGUUAUGAGAAUUUCCGUGGUGGUGACAAUGUGGGUCUUAAGCAUAAUGAUGUGGAUCAAAGUGCAUUGAAAAAGGCAUUUUUGCAUUUUGUGAAGUUGCUUAAUGAGAAUACGAGUGAAAAGAAGAAUUACUUGGAAAAUGGGAAGCAGGCGCCUCUUCAUUGUGUCGCUUGCGGCAGGUCUUCUAAAGAUUUUCCAGAUUUGCAUGGUCUUGUCCUGCACACAUACAACCCAGAUAAAGCUGACUUGCUUGUGGAUCACCUUGGCUUACACAAAGCUUUGUGUGUUCUUAUGGGCUGGAACUAUUCAAAGCCUCCUGACAGCUCAAGGGCAUAUCAGUCAUUAUCUGCUGAUGAAGCCGCAGCAAACCAGGAUGAUCUGAUUAUGUGGCCGCCUACGGUGCUCAUUCAUAAUACACACACAGGGAAGGUUAAAGAUGGGCGCCUAGAAGGUUUGGGAAACAAAGCAAUGGAUAAUAUACUAAGAGGCCUUGGAUUUGGUAGUGGAAAGGCAAAGUCUGUAUUUGGAAGAGAAGGUCAUAGUGGCAUUGUAAGAGUUCAGUUUGCGGGUGACCAGUCGGGCUUAAAGGAGGCCUUGAGGCUCGCAGAAUUCUUGCAGAAAGAAAACCACGGGCGAAUGAGCUGGGCCCGCGUUCAGUCAUUGACAGCGGGCAAGGACAUUGAGAAUGAUCCGAACCUUGUGAAGGUGGAUGAGAAGACGGGAGAAAAGGCAAGGAUCUUGUAUGGGUAUUUAGGGACCGCAUGGGAUUUGGACAAGUUGGAAUUUGACGCGAGGAAGAAGACUGCAAUUGUGAGCCGGAGGGAGCACAAGCCAUCAUAACAAGAUUAAGUAUUAUAGGUGCUAUCUUUACAUGCUGUGGUUUUAAAGAAAUGAUGCAUCUUGUUUUACAUGGCUUUUGAAGUUAACGGGGGAAUCGAGGCUGUUGGUGUUAGUUUGAUUUGCUGAUAACUUGUGUUAAAAGAACCUAGGCAAAUGCAUGUUUGUUUUUAAUGGUCAUUUAACUCAACUGUUUAUGCUCU